AUGGAGAAGGAAAGGUGUGAGAAUGUGAUGCUGUUACAAAAAAGUGUGAAGAAGCUUCUCUUUGGAAGCUGGGAAGAGAAAGAAGUGGCAGCAAAAGAGAUAGAAAGGUUGGCUAAAGAAUAUGAGAAGGUGAGGGAAUUGGCGACUGAGCUUGGGGUGGUCAGAGUGUUGGUUUCCAUGGCGCUUUCCGACGUCGCUAGCCGCCGCCGAGUAGCACUCAAGGCAUUGAUCCACCUAUCCAAUGGAAAUCACAAUUUUAGGAACAAGGCUUUGAUAGUGGAGGCAGGACUGUUGUGCAAACUGCCUAAGAAAAUUGACCUUGAAGAUGAAUCAAUAAGAGAGUUUGCAGAUUUGCUCGCUUCGUUAUCAUCUCUUGGAAAUAUCCAAUUUCCUCAUUCUUCAUUAGACUUUCUCCAAUUUCUCAUAGACAUUCUAAAGUCAUGCCCAAGCUUUGAUACAAAAGAGUCGUGUUUGGUAGCCAUGUGCAACAUUUCAACUGUGCUAGAGAAUGCAGGGCCUUUGAUUUCUAAAGGGGUUGUACCUAUUCUGUUGGAACUGUGCUCAGAGAAAGGAACAUCAGAGAAAGCACUUAGCAUCCUUGGGAACUUGGGGGUGACUUUAAUGGGAAAGAAAGCAUUGGAGAACAGCUCAAUGGUGCCAAAAUGCUUGAUUGAGAUCUUAUCGUGGGAAGAUGAACCCAAAUGCCAAGCGUUGUCAGCUAAUAUUCUGAUUAUUCUGGCUCAUAAAAAUUCAACACAGAGAAGUAAAAUGGUACAGUCAGGGAUUAUUCCUGUACUUCUUCAAGUAGCUUUAUUAGGAAGUUUUUCGGCUCAGAAAAGAGCACGGAAAUUAUUGCGAUGGUUCAGGGAUGAACGGCAAAUAGAAGAAGGGAGGACAACGAUGAAGAGUUUAGUGAGAGAAAGUCUGCAUAGGAAUAUGGAAAUAAUAACUGAAAGAGUUAAUCCAGGAGAGGAUUCUUCUAACGGGCUUAAGUCCCCGGUUACCAGCACAAGCUCCAAAAGUUUGCCAAACUGAGGCUUAUUCUAUCUUAAAAUUUCUUAACAAAUAGUAAUUUUCACUUUUAACAUUUCUAUUGAUGAUAUAUAGUAUCCAAUUAUUUAUUACCUGAUCCAAAAUCUAUUGAUAACAGAUUAAUAAACUUGUUCAUAUUUGUUUUUUAUCAUAUAAUUAUUAUACAAAUAAUAAUAAAACAUAAAAACAACUUCACAUUUUAGUGUUAUUUCUAGCGUUUCAACAAAUAACUUAAGACCCUAUAUAUAAAAAGCAUUAGCCUAUCUCGUUGUCAUUGCUGUAAGAGAUAAACUUGUAUUAGUACUACAUUUAUCCACAACUACAAAUAAUUAUACAUCUAUACAGAAAACCUUUUAAAAAAAAUCUAGUCAAAAUUUAGAUCAUAGUUGUACGUGUAAAGGACCAAUCACGUAUUGGAGAUCAAUUACAGUACAAUGCGAUAAUUUGCAACUACAAACAACUUCAAACAGGCAUAAUACUUUGAAUAAUUUACAUUCUUAAAACCCGACCUCCGAUCAUGAUUCAAUCUACCAAGCGUAACUAUUUAAUACUACUUUACCUGUGGCAAAACAAUGAAUUUUUCAUCCUUAACCCGUGUCUUUCAUUAAAAUAUUUUAAAAUACCCCAAAACAUAAAACCCAAAAUAGCAUUAUAUGAAAUAUUUUAAAAUAUACCAAAACAUGAAACCCAAAAUAGCAUUAUAUAUUUCGUACCGAUAUGCAUACAUCAAACGCUAACCAGGUUUAUUCCAUAGAGGAAUGGUAUAAAAUCUUUUAGCAUGACAAUGAAUUGUAAGGCAAAAAGAAAAAACCUCCAGAUUUUUCUCAACAGAUCCCUAACACCUGUCGAGCAUGGAUAUUGAUCUCGUAUCACGUUACUGAUUUAUUACAAUUGCAACGGACAACAAUCAAAAUGUGAUCUUG